UUGUUACUCUCUACUUUUCUCGAAUUAACAAAAAUAGGCUAAAAUUUGCCAAAAUUUUCUGCGAUUUAGUGAUUUACCCCAAGAGCAGCUGCGUAACCUAGUCGCUGUAAUUGUUCGGCACUACUUUAGCGCUCAGUCUCUGACGGAGAGGAUACUCAAUUCUGAGGGCAGCAAAUCAGCUGUGGCGCCUGAAGAACGUCAUCGGGGAAAUUGCACCCAUCUCUUUUUGCUGAACGGUUUUCAAUCCAAGCUAGGUUGUACAAGUUUUGGUGGUUUCUGUGAGGGAAUUGUAUUGGGUUUAGGAUUUGCGGUAGCCUGUAACCAUGUCUGUGACAGCAGGGGUUAGCGACACGGUCAUUGCAAUUAGGGACAAACUUAGGGGUAAAAUCGGGCAAACGAAGGUCAAGAGGUACUGGCCUGGGAAAGCACCGGAGUGGGCAGAUGACAACGAUGAAGAUGGGGACAUUAGGAUGGCGAGGACAGCUGCCCUCGAGAAAGCGUUUCCGAGGCAUGAGGGUCCUGAUGUUAUGCGAAAGGAUGAUCCUAGGUUACGCAGGUUGGCUGAGAGUAGGAUUGAUAAUCGUGAUGAAGUGAGGGAAGACCAUAGGCGAAUUAGGCAGGCGGAGAUUGUUUCGACGGAGGAGGAGGAAAGCAGGAGGCAAGAAGGUCUGGAUUUGGAGGAGGAGGAUGAGGAUGCAUUGGAGGAGAGGAGGAGGAGGAUUAGGGAAAAGCUGUUGCUAAGGCAACAAGAGGAAGCAGCCCUUUUGCCGGAGGAGGAAGAGGAAGAAGUUGAGGAAGAGGAGGAGGAGGAGUCUGAGUAUGAGACUGAUUCAGAAGAGGAAAUGACGGGUAUUGCUAUGGUGAAGCCCGUUUUUGUUCCGAAAUCAGAGAGGGAUACAAUUGCGGAACGUGAGAGACUUGAGGCUGAAGAGAGAGCGCUUGAGGAAGCGGUGAAGAGGAGGAUGGAGGAGAGGAAGAAGGAAACAAAGGAGAUAGUGGUCGAGAAAAUUAAGGAGGAUCAGGAGAUUCAGAAGAACAUGGAGUUGGAGGCAAAUAUUGCUGAUGUGGAUACAGAUGAUGAUGUGAAUGAGGCAGAGGAAUAUGAGGCUUGGAAGUCGAGAGAGAUUGCUAGGAUCAAGAGAGAUAGAGAGGACAGAGACGCAAUGUUGAAGGAGAAGGAGGAGAUCGAGAAGUCCUAAGCCUACUGCACCAGCAAAGCAAAAGUGGAGGUUCAUGCAGAAAUACUACCACAAGGGUGCAUUCUUCCAAACAAAUCCUGAUGAUCAUGCUGGAACCGCAGGGGCAGAAAAUAUCUACACUCGGGACUUCUCUGCACCAACUGGAGAGGAUAAGAUGGAUAAGACCAUAUUGCCUAAAGUCAUGCAGGUUAAGCACUUCGGUCGCAGUGGAAGGACGAAAUGGACUCAUCUUGUUAAUGAGGACACAACUGAUUGGAAUAAUCCGUGGACCUACAAUGAUCCUCUUCGAGCCAAGUACAAUCAGAAAAUGGCCGGAAUGAAUGCGCCAAUAGAGAAACCUAAAGGUAGCAAGAAACUAAAGGAUUGGGAGCAACGUUGAACUUUCUAACACAAACUGUCUCCAGCAAUUGGAAAUUGCAAUAAAGAAACCACACAUCGUUCGACAUUUUACUCCCGUGAAAACAGCUUAGCUUUAUGCAUCUACUCUUCAUCUGUAGAUCUCCUGAUCGAAGGUUCAUUUAAGAUGGUCGAUGAUGGAUUCUGGUACUAGUAUUUACAUCUUUCAUGCUACCUUUAUUAGAUCUGCACUUUGUAGCACACUCCACUACCCCUUUGUGCUUUUUACUGGGAUCCUUUGGUGUUUAUUAGUUGGAUUCAUAGGUGUUUAUUAUUUGGGAACUUCAGCAUGAGAUGAGGUUUUUAUUCAGAAGAAAAUCUUCCAAUGAUUAGGUGCGGUUCGCCCAA